UUUACAACACAAAUUACACUGAGGGUAGAAAACUAUAAAUUUAUUGAGACCAUGUUGAAAUUGAAUUUUUGUACCUUUGGGUUUCAAAAAUCACGAGUAACAGACGAACAACCACCAUGGUUGUAGCCAAGGAACGAUGAAGAGCAACAACAGUCACAACAAAGAAGAAGAAAACCUGAAGCAAGAGUCGUCUCCAAAUAAUUCUCAUACCACAACCCUUGAUUCAAGAUUUAAUCAAACUCUGAGAAAUGUUCAAGGGCUACUAAAGGGUCGCAGCUUUCCUGGUAAAGUGUUGAUAACAAGAAGAUCGGAUCCGGUGGAUGGUAAUAUUUUGGGUUCUCCUGGUGGUAGCAGGAGCCCCUCGGAAAUCAAUAGCCCACCAAGCAAACACAUACACAUGGAUGAUAACGAGGAUGACAUUCAUAGAGAUAAACCAAAUACCAGUACAACUGAUAACAAGUCAAACCCAUCAUUGUCAAUAUCAAAUUCUGAGGAUAUGGCAAAGGAGGCUCCAAGAUUUGUGAUGGGUGCCCGAGCUACAGAUACUGCUAGGAUAAUGAAAUUCACCAAAGUUUUAGGGGGCACAACUGUCAUUUUAGACAAGUUGCGAGAGUUAGCUUGGAGUGGUGUGCCAUCUUAUCUUCGCCCUAAUGUAUGGAGGCUUCUCUUGGGAUAUGCACCCCCUAAUUCAGAUCGAAGGGAGGGAGUCCUAAGAAGAAAGCGCAUCGAAUAUUUUGACUGUGUUGCUCAGUAUUAUGACGUUUCAGAUAACGAACGUACUGAUGAAGAGAUUAAUAUGUUGCGCCAGAUUGCUGUUGAUUGUCCUAGAACUAUGCCUGACGUCACAUUCUUCCAACAAGCAGAAGUGCAGAAAUCUUUGGAGUGUAUACUCUACACAUGGGCGAUCAGGCAUCCAGCAAGUGGAUAUGUGCAGGGAAUAAACGACCUUGCAACACCUUUUUUAGUUGUCUUCUUGUCAGAACACUUGGAAGGGAGUGUUGAAAGCUGGUCAAUUGCUGAUUUAGAUCCUGAAAAGAUCUCGAAUGUUGAAGCCGAUUGUUAUUGGUGUUUAUCCAAGUUGCUUGAUGGUAUGCAAGACCAUUAUACAUUCGCUCAGCCUGGGAUCCAAAGGCUAGUCUUUAAGCUCAAGGAGCUUGUCAGGCGAAUUGACGAACCGGUUGCAAGGCACAUAGAUAAGCAAGGGCUUGAGUUUCUUCAGUUUGCUUUCCGGUGGUUUAACUGUCUUCUAAUACGAGAGAUUCCCUUCCAUCUUGUUACACGUUUAUGGGACACGUAUCUUGCUGAAGGCGACGCUUUACCGGAUUUCAUUGUGUAUAUAUUUGCCAGUUUUCUUUUAAGGUGGUCAGAUAAGCUUUUAAAGCUUGAUUUCCAGGAGAUGGUGAUGUUCCUUCAACAUUUGCCAACGCACAAUUGGAAUCACCAAGAGCUGGAGAUGGUGCUUUCUAGAGCCUUUAUGUGGCACACCAUGUUUGAUAGUUGUCCCAACCACUUAGCUACUUGACUACCUUUUUUUUUUUUUUUAAACUAUU